AUGGCUCAAGUUGAAGAAACUCAACAUCAUCAAGAAGUUGCUGAGAUGGAUUUGAAAGAUGAAGCAGUUUCAGCUAUGAAGAAGGAGAAGGAGGUUGACGUAGGAGAUGCUGGUGGUGAUUUAUCUUCGAUGCCCAAGAUGGACAAGUCUGAGAAUAUGGAAGAAGGUAAAAAGGAUUAUGAUUUUGAUUCUGUUACCGAAGCUAAAGUUUUGUUAAGAUAUUGCAGUGAGUGUGGUAGGCAGUUUACUUCUGGGAAGUCUUUGUAUGGUCACAUGAGGAAGCAUCCCGAGAGAGAAUGGAGAGGGAUUCGACCUCCACAGGAAGCUAUUAAUAAUAAUGGUGAUAACGAUCACGAUGAAGAAUCUGAGUAUAGCGACGACGCUAUUGGAUCCGCUGUGGAUUUGGUGGAGUCUUUGAAGACCUGGCCAGUUAAGGUCAAAAGAAGCCACAAGUCAUCAUCUGACCCUCGUUUCUCUACUUGUGUUUCCGAGGAAGAGGAUGUUGAUGGUGAAGCUGAAGCUAUGCAACAAGCUGUCAAUGAUCUCUUACUGCUUGCUGAACAUCGAUCCAAUAAGCAACUAGAUUCUGGUCGUGGCGUGUUGAAGAUCAAGGAAGAUGGGGUUGAAAAAAAGACUGAAAUUUUGUUGGAAGGUAAGCUUGAGAAGAAGAAUAAUAAUAAUAAGAGGUGUAAUUCAGAGGAGACUUGGAGUGACAACAAUGAUGAGGAGAAUUGUGAGAUGGAGUUGUCGAGGAAGACGAAACUGUACUUGAAGAAGAAAAAGAGGAGACUUGCUGAAUUUGAUGAUAUGGAUUGGUUGAGUGAAGAUGAAGCAACAGUAAUGGCUCCUCAAACCUAUCCGUGCCCAAUUUGUAACAAGGUUUUCAGUAAGCAUCAAGCUCUGGGAGGUCACGUAGCAAGCCACAACAAGAACAAGAACAUCAUUGGUGCGAAAGAAUCAUCAACUUCCAUGGCGGCCUCAGCUUCCGAGGAAGGGAAUGGUGACAAUAAUGGUAUGGAGAAUGAGAAGCAAACAAGCGGUGGUGGCGAUAAUGAGCAUCAGUGUAACAUAUGCAGCAAGAUAUUCCCAACUGGUCAGGCUCUUGGAGGACACAAAAGGUGCCACUGGACAGGCCCGCCUGAGGCAUUUUCGAGCUCCAGUCAGGUGACAACAUCUGCCGGUGAAGUUACUCAGACAACUCGAAAGAGGCGACUUCUUGAUUUCGAUCUUAACAUGACACCACCUGAGUAUUUUCAGAUCUAUGGUAGUGAAACAGCAGCUCUCCAUUAAACAGCUAAUUCUUCUCACAAAAUGAGAAAUUUUAAUGAAUCUGUCAAGGGUCUACCUCAGUAGAUUGAUUGACUUUCAACUAUUUGUUAGCUUUGAAUCUCUCUUAGUUAUGCUUUUCUUUAGUGGGGUCAUUGAGACCUUCUCUUUUAGUGUUAUAUUUUUCUCCAUGUAAAGCAUGAUAAUCCAUUUACAAGUGAGGUCAAUUGUAAGUGGAGGUGACAACAGAACAGUGAAGAGA